AUGUGUCUAAGGCAACAUUUGAGGUGUAAUUCACUAAAAGUCACCAUAUUUGGGGCUGGUAGUUUUGGUUCUGCUAUAAGCUGUGUUGUGGGUUAUAAUACUCAGCGAACAUUGAUAUUUGAUAAUGAAGUUAAGUUGUGGUUAGUCGAUGAAGAAUUAGAGUCUGGUGAAAUGCUCUCUAAGGUAAUUAAUAGGGAUCAUAUAAAUUCAAAGUAUUUACCAGGCUAUAAUAUGCCUGAGAAUAUUGUAGCUACUACUGAUUUGAGAGAAGCUUGUGAUAAUUGUAAUUUAAUGAUAUUUGUUAUACCAAGUCAAUAUAUUCGUUCUGUAGCACGGCAAAUCAAAGGAUUAGGAAUAAACUUUUCGAAGGCAGUAAAGGCAGUAUCUUUAACUAAAGGAUUUUUAGUUGAAGAUGGACAUCCACAUUUAAUUAGUAAAGUUAUAAAUGAAGAAAUUGGAGUUGAUUGUUGUGUACUUUCUGGUGCAAAUGUAGCAACUGGUUUAGCUGCAAGAGAAUUUGGUGAAGCUACUUUAGCAUGUUCAGAUUAUGAUGAUGCUUAUAUAUGGCAAUAUUUAUUUGAUACUCCUUGGUUUAAAAUAGAUUGUGUUCCAGAUAUAAUAAGCACUGAACUUUUUGGUGGUCUAAAAAAUAUUAUUGCAUUAUUAGUAGGUAUGAUACAAGGGUUAGGAUGUGGAACAAAUACUGUCUCAGCUGUAAUGAGAUUAGGAGUAUUAGAGAUGAUUUUGUAUGGAAGUGUUUUUUUCAAUGUUAGAAGUAAUAUUAUGACUAGAGUAUUUUUUGAAUCUUGUGGCAUUGCAGAUCUUGUAACAACCUGUCUUGGUGGUCGUAAUGUUAGAGGAGGCAAAGCAUUCACUUUAAAUAAUGGUACAAAGAGUUGGAGUGAAAUUGAACAAGAAGUGACAGGUGGUCAACAUUUAGCUGGUUUAUCAACCUUAAGAGAAAUUAAUGAAACUUUAGAAGUACUUAUGCUUGAAGGAAAUAUUGAUGUAGAGAAGCACUUUCCACUAUUUAGACAUUGUUAUAAAAUAGCUUUUACUGGUGAAAAACCAAAAACAUUGUUAGAUGUACUUACUAAAAAUGAUUUAAGGGAAUUAAGAUUUGUUCCUUCUGGAUUAUUGGCAUUAUUAGAUGACUCACCAAACAAUAGUGAAGUUGAAAUUAGACGUUCUAUAAGUCAUGUCGGUGCUCUUGUUUUAUCUAAAACAUCUAGAUCAUAA